GUUCUGCCCAUGCGUCGUUGGAUGCUUGGUUGGGUCCGAGGCGCGACAUCCAACCGCGGGUCUACUAAAGCAUCUGAUUGUAACCUUGGCACAGCCCUCACCACCCUUAUAGAUCUAAUCUCGCUGUUCGCUUGCAAGCGCUCAACCCUGCGAAUCGACUGUCUCUGUCAUCUCGAUCCGACACCUGAUUCGCAGCCCUCUAUCGGGCACGCUCUGGCCCUCGAGCUCCCCCACGAUAUAGGACGCCAUGGCGACUCAGCAACCCGUAUUGACGGUCUCGGAGACCAAAGAGCUGCGAGGGCUCAACCUCAUCGCCGCACACUCACACAUCCGCGGGCUCGGCGUCGAUGCGGACACCCUCGAACCGCGAGCAUCCUCCCAGGGCCUGGUAGGCCAGGAGAAGGCGCGAAAGGCCGCCGCUGUGAUCCUGGAAAUGAUCAAGCAGGGCAAGAUCGCAGGGCGUGCGGUCCUGAUCGCCGGCCCGCCAAGCACCGGAAAGACCGCCAUCGCCAUGGGCAUGGCGCAGUCGCUGGGAUCCGAUGUCCCUUUCACCAGCUUGGCCUCGUCGGAGAUUUUCUCGCUCGAGAUGUCCAAGACCGAAGCUCUGACGCAGGCCUUCCGCAAGUCCAUAGGCGUGCGGAUUAAGGAGGAGAGCGAGAUAAUGGAGGGUGAGGUUGUCGAGAUCCAGAUCGACAGGAGCGUCACAGGCGGCGCGAAGCAAGGAAAGCUCACCAUCAAGACGACCGACAUGGAGGCCAUCUACGAUAUGGGAAGUAAGAUGAUCGACGCCAUGACCAAAGAGCGUGUCAUGGCAGGAGAUAUCAUCUCGAUUGACAAGUCAUCUGGCAAGAUCGCCAAGCUCGGCCGCUCGUACGCUCGUUCGCGCGACUACGACGCAAUGGGGGUCGACACCAAGUUUCUGCAAUGCCCCGAUGGCGAGCUGCAAAAGCGCAAGGAGGUGGUCCACACAGUCACCCUGCACGAGAUUGACGUCAUCAACUCGAGGACCCAAGGAUUCCUGGCCCUCUUCUCGGGAGACACGGGCGAGAUUCGCAGCGAGAUCCGGGACCAGAUCAACACAAAGGUUGGCGAGUGGAAGGAGGAGGGCAAGGCCGAGAUUGUGCCCGGUGUGCUCUUUAUCGACGAGGUCCACAUGCUCGACAUCGAGUGCUUCUCGUACAUCAAUCGUGCUCUCGAGGCCGAGCUGGCGCCCAUCGUCAUCAUGGCCAGCAACAGGGGGCACUCGCGCAUCCGCGGCACCGACUACCGCAGCCCCCACGGGCUGCCCCUGGACUUCCUGGACCGCAUCCAGAUCAUCGCGACGCAGACCUACACCCCAGAUGAGAUCAACAAGAUCCUGUGUAUCAGGGCCCAAGAGGAAGAGGUGGACCUGACGGCCGACGCACUCGUGCUGCUUACCAAGAUCGGCCAGGAGGCCGGGCUGCGCUACGCGAGCAAUCUCAUCGCCACGUCGCAGCUUGUCUGCGCCAAGCGGAAAUCCAAGCAGGUCGACGUCCAGGACGUGCAGAGGAGCUUCAGGCUCUUCUACGACCCGGCCAGGAGCGUCAAGUUUGUUGGCGAAUCCGAGAAGAGACUGAUUGGCGAUGACGGCGCCGUUGACUUCUCCGUUCCAAACAGCAAUGGUGAGAAGAUGGACACCACGUGAUCUUGUCUUCUCUCAUCUCUACCUUUUGUUUUUGAAACAAAGCAGGUUAAUGAUAGCUUGGUGGGUGUAUGUGUUUUCAUAUUUUAUUUUCAAUAAUCUCCAAUCCAGGGGACCAGUUUUCUUUUUCAUUGCCGCAUUUCCUUCGCCUCCCAUCUUGGUCCCUUCUUUCAGACCUGGUAGAAGAAGUACACCAUUUUUGUAUGAUCGGCCGGGCGUUACGGACAGUCAAAAGGUUAGCCUAUGGCGUCUAACCAAUGUCUCUGGGAUUUACGUUACUGGAACGGCUAGCCGCCGAAAAGAUUACCGCAAAGGACGCGACCAUUGUUGACCCAGAGACUGUGGAGCUGCACAUUGAAGGGGACGCAAGCUAUCCAGAGAGUCGUCAGGAUCCUACCUACUACAAGGCUUGACACAUGUUUUGGCUCACGUCUGGUCGCAUGGACAAAGCAAUACGCCGACCGAGCUACCAUUACCUGUUCCUUAGGCGAAGGGAGCUGUUUGUGUCCACGGUCCGUCAUCCCCGGCCUUCCGGAACUCAACACCCUCGCCAAAGUACCCAGCAGCAUGCCAGGCCUUCAUCAUGGCGGUGUCGAAGGGGCCCUGUUUGGCGGCGCCGUCCCUGCCAUCGGUCCAGCGAUAUUCCCACUGCUCCCCUCCUGGCUCUGGUCCCUCGGUGGUCGCCCCUGCCGCCGAUGUCUCCUCUAGACUAUCCGGCCGCGCGGGCUCGAUCCACUCCUCGCCCGUCUCUUUCCUAUACUCCCUGACAAGUAUCUCUCUCUCGGUGUCGUAAAUUUCCGGGAACUCCCUUCCAAGCAGACGGUCUGCGGCCUCGGUGACCUGGUUUAUGGCCGCCUUGACUCGCUGGUACGCGGCGUCUUCUGGCGUCGCGUCCUUGUCGACGUCCAUUGUGUCUUCGGCGGCGCUCUGCUUCUUCUGCUUCCACCGCGGCACCUUCUUCGCCUU